AUGGAAGCUAAGCUCUUUCCAAAUGCCAGUUCUCCCAUGCAAGCGGGGGAAGGGGGCCAGGGAGAGGCUCGCUUCGACAUUGUCUACGCUUCAAAAGUUAGCCCCGUGGUCCUCUUUGCUAUCUACUCCAUCAUCGUUUUCCUCAGCCUCGUCGGUAACAAUAUUGUCAUAUACGUUGUCAUCCGGUGUCGAUCAAUGUGGUCCAUAACAAACUUUUUCAUUGCCAAUUUGGCAAUCUCCGACGUGUUGAUGAGUAUGUUUGCGGCUCUGUUCACGCCGAUUGCAUACUACACAGAUGAAUGGAUUCUGCCGCAUUUUCUCUGUAGACUCCUUCCCUUCACAAUGGGAGUCUCGGUGCACGUUUCGACACUCACUUCCACAGCUAUCGCGGUUGAUCGUUAUCUUGUGAUUGUGCACCCCUUCUUUCCAAAAAUGCAGCGUUGGAUGUGUUUUUCCAUAAUUGCUGCCAUAUGGUGUACUUCGGUGCUCAUCUGUUUACCGCUGGCAAUAUUUCAACAAAUUCAACUGGAAAGCAAACAGAACAAUACCGUCUGUGCAGAAAACUGGCCUUCAGUGGAAGCUCGAAAGGUGAUUUUAUUUGGUUUCUUCUAUAUUACUUUAAAACAUUUGUACCUAUUAUUAGCGGUCGAUGAGGUCAUUAAAAACUCCGUUGCUCCAUAG